CGUAUAUAAAGCAGUCACCCUCGACCAGCCCAACAGCCGCCCUCUCGUCCUCCUCCUUCUCCAGCUUAUCCUCGUCCUCGGCCUCCUCCCUCCGCCUGCCUACUGAGGAUAAUGAAGAUCUUAGUCUAUGUUCUCGCCGCGGUGGUGUGGGUCGCCGCCUCUGCCGCCCUGCCCACCUUGCUACACCCACGCCCACGCCGGGACUCCACGCCCACGCUCUACAACCUCCCGUCCAACGCCUCCCUCAUCCUGGGCGACAUCCGGACGGGCUUUGACUGCGCUAACCUUCCCUAUGGCUACUACGCGGACGAGGCCAACAACUGCACCGUUUUCCACGUGUGUCUCCCCUACAUCAUCUUCGACGAGAUCGUGACGCGCCAGUUCUCGUUCUUCUGCGGCGAGGGAACCGUUUUCGACCAGCAGCGUCUGGUGUGUGUCCACCCCCGCGACUCGCUGCCCUGCUCCCAAGCCGCCGCUGCCCGGACCGCUAACGAGUACUUUGGGCGUCGAGACCUCAACUUCCUCGAGUAGGGAAGUUGAGCCUCCUUCAAACGAGUACUUCGAUAGCAUUGGGCAUUAACUUCCUCGAGUAGCUAUAAACAGAUCCUCCUCCCAUGGGUACUUUGGGCGUAGAGACCUCAACUUCCUCGAGUAGGGAAGUUGAGCCUCCUGCAAACGAGUACUUCGAUAGCAUUGGGCAUUAACUUCCUCGAGUAGCUAAACAGAUCCUCCUCCCAUGGGUACUUGGGGGACAACAACUUCAUCGAGUAGGGAAGUUGAGCCUCCUUCAAACGAGUACUUCGAUAGGAUUGGGCAUUAACUUCGACUAACUAAACAGAUCCUCCUCCCAUGGGUACUUCGGGGACAACUUCAUCGAGUAGCUUAACAGAUCCUCCUCCCAUGGGUACUUCAGGGACAACUUCAUCAUCGAGUAGCCAAAAGAAUCUCCUUUCAACAUGUACUUCCAUCCCGGGGACAUCAAGAUCCUGAGUAACCAAGAAGAUUCUCCUCCCACGAUUUCUUUAGCGGCGUGGACAUCAACUUCCUCGUGGGGCGAAGUUGGGUCUCCUUCCACCUACGUUGUCAAAUUAUCGUAUUAACCACAUAUCGUAUUUAUCAUUUUUAUGCCUCAAACUCUCGUACCUACACAAGUAGCGUGAGAAAAUCAAACUUAGUGCUAAAACUGUUGAAUAUUGAUGUUUUCCGUUCUUUGUUGUUAAUUUUGUUAUAGUUUUCGGUUAGCAAUUACGAAAAUGAAAUGCGAUGAGUACGAUAGUUUGGCAACACUAAACGCUAAACAUAAACAAAUGACGUACUCGUUUGCAGGACUCAUAUUUUCUACUCGAGGUUGUUGAUGUCCCUGCUGCCGAAGUGUAUGUGGAACUGCAAGAACUUCAACUUCCUCGAGCAACCAAGAAGCUUCUCCUAAUAGCAGAAAUCAACUUCCUCGAAUACCUAAAUAUAGCCUACGUUUCCUUCCAAGUGUACCUCCUUCUCUUCUUCCCCCUCGACGGCGUGAUGUGCUCGUAUUACCGACGUAGAGAUAAAAUGACACAAUAAACUCCUACACUUGA